CUAACUUGUCUGCCUGAAGCAAACUCUUCAACUCCUCUGGAGGAUUCUCGAGCAGGUGUUGCCCUUCAUCCUUUGUAAAUGCUAGAUUUGCUAAUCGAUCAGAACAACGAUUACCUUCCCUCUAUAUGUGCCUUAUUUCGGGUUUCGGCCAACCAUUUGGCGUCCGUUUCAACUACGAGGUUUCUUGCUCCCAUCUCCUUCGCCAGCAGCAGCCCUUGUCUCAACCCCCAAACUUCUGCUAAGGCUCCAUCAGAAUUCAAAGUCCAACUGCCUCUUGGUGAUUUUUUCCAAUUAAUCCAUCUCGUCUCUUUGGUGAUUCUGAUGUUGCAAAGGACAAGAUUCCUCUAUAUGACCGACAAUUCCGCGUCGGAAGCAUAUCUGAUGAAUUCCUUCAUAUUUUAUGUUCAAGACAAUCUUACCAACUCUAACUUUGGAAAGAAGAGGUUUAUUCUAGUCGAUUUCAACGCAGAUCCUUGCAAACUUACCUCUUGUCACCCAGGCUGUUCGACAGUCUACUUUCAGUGGACUGCCAACAAGUUUUCCUAUAUUAACCAGAACCCGUUCAUCAAAAUACUCCAUGCGAGGCCCUGGGAUAUGAAUCCAAACUGUUGUUGAGGGAAUCAACGCCUCUUCGGCUAUAAAAUUUGGUUUCCAUUUUUGAACAGUCAGAUAAUGGUCCAUUAUCUUCCAAGGACCAUCAGUCAAGACUUUAGCUCUUUCAUGCUUCGAAAUUUCACCACAUAGAACCCGUGUCCAAGAGCCGCUCUACAGAUUCCACAUUGACGUAAUCCUGUUUAGAAGCGUUUUGUAGGCUAUGUUCAUCCCCAUGAGUUUGAUAAUCAGGGCUAUUUUCCAAGGUUUUCUAAUCUUUUGCUUUAAAUCUGUCGGAAUCUUUACUGAAGGUAUUCCAUCAUUCUCUAAUUCCUCUUCAUCCUCAGAUUCGUAGUCUUCUUCCUCAACCCUGCUUGAAUUAUUGAACAUGCCAGUAAAGAAAGGUGAAUCAGCCACGGUGUCGCUCCAUGAUUUAGUCCAGACUCUUUCUUCUGUAGGUUCUUCUCCUCCAGUAGGUCUUAAUCUUUUGUUACCACCCCUUUCUCUAUCGAAUCUUCUGCCGCCUGGGGCACUUCCAUGCCCGGCGGAUUCUCUUCUUGCAUUCACAACCUUUCCAGUCAAUUUACUUUUUUAGAAUCUUGAUUUCUUGGAGAAAAAGAAAAAAAUCUUUUAUCUAGACGUCUGUACUAAUUUAAAGAUUAAAACUAAAGAUUUAAAAUUUGAGAUGUAUUUAAUAUUUAUCGAUGAAU